UCGAUUGAACUACAAUUAAUGAAAAGGCCGAACAUAAUCUCUCAGUUUCCACUCGUUUGGAUUUGGCACUGAUUUUGAUGGAAAUCAGACAGCACAGCUCAACUCAACUCAAAAGCAAGUAGUAGUAGUAGUAGUAGUAGUAAGAGUUUGACUGGCAAGAGUCUCUCUCACGUGUUCUUCAAAGCGCGUGUUUCCUGUCUGUGGUGGACUCGCACACGCGUGUUGAACGGGUACCGGUUUAGUCGGUCAGAAUUUUUAAUGGUGGGUCCUGCUUUAUCACUCCCCAACUCCAAACUUACCAUAAAAAUAUAAUUAAAACUAUUUUAUUAUUAGUGUUACAAAAAAAAACUAUUUUAUUAAAAAGAGUAAUUAACUGAUUAGUUGGUUUCCUUGUCAAAAAAUAUAACUUAAACUAUUAACCAUAUCCACCCAGAAAUAUAAUAAAACUAUAAAUUACAAAAAAAUAAGUAGAUGAUUAGUUGAUUUCCUUGUCAAAAGUUAUAACUAAAACUAUCAACCAUCUCCACCGAGAAAUAUAAUUAAAACUAUAAACUUAGAAACAAAAAAACAAGUAGAUGAUUAGUUGAUUUCCUUGUCAAAAAAAUAAAAAUCAAACUAGUAACCAUGUCCACCCAGAAAAUAUAAUCAGUACUAUAAACUUAUAAAAACAAGUAGGAUGAUUAGUUGAUUUCCAUGUCAACUUCACGAAAAAAUACAAAAGAAUUUAAGUAGAAAAGUCAGCAGAAGAGCGACAUCCUCACCUUUGAAAGUUUGGUUUCAACUUUUUAGACUUUUUGACCUAAUAAACCAUUUCUAUGACGAGGAAUUAAAACUAUAUUAUACUAAAAAAAAUAAUGAAAUAAAUAAAGAAAGGAAGAGGAAAGAAAGAAGGCAGCUUCCUCUCUCCUUCAUCGCAACGAAGCCUUUAAAGAAAAGUCCUUCAUAGUCUCUCUCAACCCCAUUCUUCUUAUAAACCCCCCAUCUCUCCACUUGUUUCAUUCAUUCAUCAUCACCCAACUCUCUCCAAACUUUCUUCUACCAUCUUCUCUCCCACUUUCAAUUCCAAGAGUUAUAAGAAACAGAGCAAAACAGAGCAACCUCUGUUAUUUUUUUUCCACAAUGGGUCUCCUCGAAUACGCCGCCUGUGAUGAUCUUCCAUCGUUCCAGAGAGAGAUCGAAGAGAAAGGUCUCGACUUUGACGAGCCAGGCCUCUGGUACUGCAAAAAGCUCGGGUCUAACAAGAUGGGUCUCGAACAGAGGACGCCGCUCAUGGUUGCAGCCAUGUACGGAAGCAAAAAGGUUCUGACUUUCAUCGUUUCCACCGGAAAAUCCGACGUGAACAGAGCUUGCGGCGAAGAGAGAGUCACCGCGCUUCACUGCGCCGUUGCUGGAUGCUCUGUUAAUAUGGUUGAAGUCAUCAACGCUUUGCUUGAUGCUUCUGCUUCGGCUAACGCCGUUGAUGCUAAUGGGAACCAGCCUUUGGAUCUGUUCGUUAAGGUUUCGAGGUUUGUGGCUUCUCCGAGGAAGAAAGCUGUUGAGUUGUUGCUAAGAGGAGGUGGAAUGAUCAAUGAACCUGUUGAAGAAGAAGAAGAAGAAGAGGUGAAGAUAGUGUCUAAGUAUCCAGCUGAUGCGUCAUUACCUGACAUAAACGAAGGUGUCUACGGAAGCGAUGAGUUUAGGAUGUAUAGCUUUAAGGUCAAGCCGUGUUCGAGAGCCUACUCUCACGAUUGGACGGAGUGUGCCUUUGUCCACCCUGGCGAGAACGCGAGGAGGAGAGAUCCGAGGAAGUAUCCUUACACUUGUGUCCCCUGUCCUGAGUUCCGCAAAGGGUCUUGUCCUAAAGGAGAUUCCUGCGAGUACGCUCACGGCGUUUUCGAGUCGUGGCUUCACCCGGCUCAGUACAAGACGCGGCUUUGUAAAGAUGAGACGGGUUGCGCGAGGAAAGUCUGUUUCUUUGCGCAUAAACGUGAGGAGAUGAGACCGGUUAAUGCUUCGACUGGCUCUGCUGUGUCUCAAUCUCCGCUGGAGAUGAUGCCUGGUUUGUACUCUUCAGGUGUUGCGACACGUCCUGUCUCUCCGAUGAGUAGUAGUGUUGGUUCUUCUCCGAGAAACGGAGGGUCGUGGCAGAACAGAGUUAAUUCUCUGUCUCCACCUGCUCUGCAUCUCAAUGGUGGAAGUAGAUUGAAGUCUACAUUGAGUGCUAGAGACAUGGAUAUGGAGAUGGAGUUGGAGAUGAGACUUAGAGGUUUCAACAAUGUUGAAGAGACUUUUGGGUCUUAUGUCUCCUCCCCAAGUAGGAACUCUCAGAUGAGCCACCAGCAUUACCCUUCUUCACCGGUAAGACAGCAACAGCCUCCUCCUCCUCCUCACCACUUUGACUCUUCAGCAGCUGUGGCAGCUGCAGUGAUGAACGCAAGAUCAUCUGCGUUUGCGAAACGCAGUUUGAGUUUCAAACCUCAAGUAGCAUCAUCGCCGUCGAAUCUUUCGGAUUGGGGAUCGCCGAGUGGGAAGCUGGACUGGGGAGUGCAAGGAGAUGAGUUGAGUAAGAUGAGAAGAAGUGUUUCAUUUGGAAUCCAUGGAGACAACAACGGUAACAAUGCUGGGAGAGAUUAUAGGAACGAGCCAGAUGUUUCUUGGGUUAACUCUUUGGUUAAAGACAGUGUGGUGUCUGAGAGAGGAGGAUUUGGGAUGAAUGAGAGGGUGAGGAUAAUGUCUUGGGCUGAGCAGAUGUACAGAGAGAAGGAGCAGACUGUGGUGUAAACACACACACACACAGAAACUUGUUUAUUCUUUAAUCUUUUGUUACUUUUUUAAUUGUUGCUGUUAGUAUGUGAUUUGUAGUCACUAUGAGAUAGAAAGAUAACUGGACUAAUAGCUUAUUAGUCUCCUCUAUAUUUGUCAUUUUUUCUUGUAAUUUCAAACUAUGAAAUGUUCUAGCAAUAAUAAAAGACAUUACUUCCGUUUA